GUCCCUGCGAGGAAAAGGAAAAAGGGGUACUGGAUAAUCCUCAGAGGCAGGGAGUGGUGGGAAGAGACUGUAAGCUCCUUGAGGGCAGGGAGCCAGUCUCCUUUGCUUGAUUACAAAGCCCCAUUGAUAGUGCCACCCUGAGCAUGUUUAAAAAGAAGAAGCAUGCAUUUUCCUCAUUCCUUUGACUAUGUCGAGCCCUUUGUGACCUCUUCGACGAAAAGCGGCAUACGCAUAUUCAUUAUAACAAGGAGGUUCAACUGGUCUCUGUGGGAGUUAAUGCCUGCUCCUGCUGUGCUGCGCCUUCCAAGCUGUUUCAAUGGGGUCUUCACAGUCUGUGGGCACUGGCUCUUACUACUCCAAGUGGCCAGUAGAGGAAGGUGAUGGUGGAGAUGAUGAUGAAGACUUGCUGGACAACAAAGAUCGGGAGGAAGACAUUGCCAGAUUCCCCUACGUGGAAUUCACUGGGCGAGACAGCAUCACUUGCCCCACCUGCCAAGGCACUGGCUGCAUCCCCACAGAGCAAGUUAAUGAGUUGGUGGCUCUAAUACCAUACCACGACCAGAGGUUAAAACCUCAAAGAACGAAACUCUAUGUCUUGGUAUCUGUGCUACUCUGCCUCCUGGUGUCAGGGCUGGUGGUCUUCUUUCUUUUCCCACAUUCGGUCCUCGUGGAUGACAAUGGCAUCAAAGUGGUUACAGUCUGGUUUGAUGAUGAAAACUCCAUUGUCGUCCUUGCCAUCACGGCCACUCUCCGGAUCAGAAACUCCAAUUUCUACUCUGUAGCAGUAACCAAUUUGGCCAGUCAGGUGCAGUACAUGAAUACUGUGGUUGGAAGAAAACAGAUUAAUAAUGUCACCCAUAUCCAGCCACUGAGUGACCAGCUGGUGAAUUUCACGGUGAAAGCUGAGAUGGGUGAACCUUUUUCUUAUGCAUACUUCUUUUGCACGUUUCCCAGAAUCAGCGUGCACAACAUUAUGAUUUUCAUGAGGACUUCAGUGAAGAUCUCCUAUAUUGGCCACAUAACUCAGAGUUCCUUGGAGACCCAUCACUAUGUUGACUGUGGGGCAAACUUCACAGCUGCCUACAGUGCCUAGCCAGUACCUACACCACUCUCUCUCUCUCUCUCUGCAAGGUCUAACUCAAGAGAACGGCUCAAGUCAGUGGCUGCCUCUCAGCGAUCACUGCAUGCUGGCUUCUGAUGUUUUAGAACCUUAAGACUGCUUUUGAUGGAAUUCUGUUCUUAACUGAGAGAAGGGAAGAGAGAUUGCUGUGAAAUGGAAGGUGUGAUCAUUGCAAACAUGUAGCCCUCGUGCACUUUUCUGUGGCUUGCUGGCUUGUACCUCUGCCCCGAUUGGAAGCAGCUGUACUUGGCUUCUCCCUUUCUUGCCUCAAAACAGUAGGCUCCAGAUGGUGGUUCCUUUCCCCUUUCCCUUCCAAGACCCUGUCAACUCUCCUAAUGUUAAGGAGAAGCCAAGAAAGGUGAAGAUGCUCCAUCCCUUAUUCAGCCAGAAUAGCAAAGUGUUUCCUGGGAAGAUGCUUCACACUGCUUUUUUGCCAAAGUGGAAACUGAUUUCCCAGUCUGGAAGGUGAAGUAAUCUUGCACUCACCCCACUCAUGUACUGUUUGGGGACACCUGUCUUGCUUAUUGUCAAAGAGUGCAAUUAACUGUGGAUAUAUUGUGUGCAAGUCCCAGUGAAACACAUUAAUGUGCAAUAGUUGCGGCCUCUGAACUGGAUGGGGGAUUCUUCCUGGGUACAGUCCUUUAUCCUAGCAGUGACUGUAUCUACAGUGUGCUGUGACAAAACCUCCUUUCAUGUCUAAGUGCACCAUUCUAAAGGAGCACUGUUGAUAUGGAGCUUCUUUCCUCCUUUUGUGCAAAUGUUUGCUUCUUUGAGAGUAAACAUCAUUGAAUGGUUGCAGGUCUCCUGAUCUUUGCAUUGGUGGGGCGGCGGUGGUGGUGGUGAACCUCUAAGCAAUGACUUUAAAACAAACAAACCUUUGUAGCUCCUGAUUCUCCAGGCUGGGAGACUUUUGUGCCAGUCUAGCUGGCCAGCAUUAUUAGGCUUGGGGUUUUUUGGUACUUUAUUUUCAGUAAAGAAAGCUAUUAAAGUCUUUUCAGUGUUGCUGUCUAAAUGGCUCCUUGCCCUGCAAGGAUCUAGAUGCAAUAACGCUGCAUACAAAGUAAGAAAAUAAAGUUAGGAUUUGAGUGACUCCUACCACUGGUGAACUACUAAUUCUUUUUCUUUGUAAUUUUUUAUAACUUCAGAUAUUAGUUACACCAGUUCAUCCUCAAAUUCUUCAGUUGUCUAGCCAGUCUGCUGCAGUGUGUUUUGCUGUCAUAGGUUUCCAUUUCUACUAUUUUGUUAAAUGAAUUUUAACUGUUUUUGCAUAUUAAACUUGAAUCUUCCAAUACAACCCAGGCCUUUUGCUUGGCAGACUCUCUGUGGAACUGAAAAUUCCACAGCUAAUACAACUUUUAAAUCAUC